AUGUCAGGUCUCGAGGUGGUUGGUGUUGUCGCCAGCAUCAUCCAGAUCGCAGACCUUGGCGCCAAACUAUCCGUCAAGCUCUGUACUUUCUACAAAACAGUCAAAGUCGCAAACAAGUCAAUGCAAGAGCUUUCCAGCGACGUUUCACUUACCUGCAGCAUUCUAAACGAGCUCGGCAAGACACUCGAACAAGAUGACCAGACAAGGCUUUGCUCCAAACAGGCUUUUUCCACGGCACAAGAGGUCUUACAGGAAUGCAAGUCGGUAUUCGAAGAAAUUGACUCCGCAAUCGAAAAGCAUACCCAAGACAAUGAGAAGAAUCGCCUUUUGCGACACGCCCGAAAAAUCACGAUCGCACUCCUUGGACCGGACUUGGAUGUCCUCAAAAGUAACUUGGAGAGGCUAAAAUCGACAACAUUAUUGAUGCUGCAUGUCAUCAUGUAUGCGGGACAGCUUCGCAAGGCAAAUGAGAAAUCUACCAUGGCCGAUCAACGUGGUCUCAUCCAAACUCUUCUAGAAGAGAAAAUCGCGAACGAUGCCAAAUAUAAUACCCUUAGCAAAUCUAUCCAAGCUGUUUCUAUCCCCGAAGACGAUAGCGCCUUUCAGCCCUCAGUCAAAGCUUUGAGCAUUGAUCCGCAGCCAACUCCACCAACUCCUCUCUGGAACGAAGUGGGAGAAUAUUACAAUCUGGUUCGAGGCCUACUCUGUCAAAUCGACGCAUACCAAGAUAUCCUAGAGAAGAGUCGCCAUCUCAGAAUUCGAAAUGGUGUUAUAAAUGUGCAUUCGGCGGAAUCUGUUCUCUUUCAACAUAUUCAUGGCCAAGCGGCAAAUCAACUUUUUGAUGACCCCAUAUUCAGAUUCAGGGAUGCUUCUUUCCCUGCAACUCACCAAGUACAUACGAGGUCCGAUUUCCCAGACAAGACUGCAAAACGUGGAAAGACGCGAGCAGAACCCUCUUAUAGCUCUGAUUCCGAAUAUGAACCAGAGCGUGAAAGGACUGGGAGAUCCUAUGUCCACAGAGAACGCCGGCGCGAUCGAGAUGAGACUCGUGUGAGCGUCAAGAGCUGCAUUACUCCAUCUGAGGAUAAUCUUUCGAACUCCACAAGCUACGAAGACUCUUGCCGCACAGCCCCUGCGCUGCACAAACGACGUAACAUUAGUCGCAGUCUGCGUCUGCCUACGACCAUGUCGCGGUAUGAGCGAGAAGUGGGCGAUGAGCCACCCGCGCGCAGAGAUUCCGAUGAAAGAGAUUACUAUGGACUCCCGUAUGCAUACAUCAACUCUCAUAAAUCCGAACUUGAAGCGCGCCGCGCCGAGGCAGAGAAUACUUCCCGUCGUCGUUCGCACUUUGGCCAUCGCUCUUGGCCCGAUCCCAGACCUGGCGAUUCAACCGCCCAAGCCCCCCAGCGCCGUCAGAAUCGUGAUCGAGACCACAGCAGCGAUGACAGCAAGAUAUGCAUUGACAUGGAUAAAAAGGGAGCAGAGGACCAGCCCAUGCUAGCUCCUCCUUCACAGCCUAUCAAAUCCAGCUCUGAUGAUGGUGAUUAUGAUGAUGAUAUUCUCAUCAUCGAUGGAGUGAACAAACUGAUAGGAGAACCAAUUGAAAGCAAAGAAGAGAAUUGGGACUCAUCCUCGUACGUAUCCGGCGAACCUGCAUCGGAUAUAAUAACACUGGAAAGUCUGGUGUUGCAGUGGACAACACUCAAAGAAGAGGAACUCCAUGUAUAA